GUCGAACGUCUUUUAUCUCUCACUGGAAAUCAAACACAAAUUAACACCAGUCAGAAUAUUUCAAUCCGCGAUGUCGAAGUUCACACACGUUAUUAUAAAGAAUGUGUCAAUCAAACUGCGUGUCAAAAUCUGCGUGUGAUUUGAUUCACGAGAGCAACACAAAUGUCUCAGCCGGUGUUGUGCUGAUGAUGGAGUGCAGGUUUCUGUGUGACGGGCUCUCAGAGCAGCGCUCCGUGUUCCUGGUGUCCGACACUCACGGACAGCAGCUCAUCUCUGUUCUCCGGACCUUCAGAGAGCAAAAGAUGCUGUUUGACUUCAGCAUUCGUGUGCAGGACGAGACGAUCCCGUGUCAUCGCUGUGUCCUCGCUGCGUGCAGCGACUUCUUUAGGGCAAUGUUUCAGCUGGACAUGAGAGAACGUGAUGAUGGCUCAGUGACCCUCAGUAACCUCCCGGCACCUGCGGUUCACACAUUCCUGGACUUUGCGUACUCCGGUGAGAUAGAAAUCCGAGAAGAUAAUGUGGACGUGAUGUUUCAGCUGGCCUCCUUCCUGCAGGUCAGUUUCCUCUCGCGCGCCUGCAGCGACUUCUUGGUCCAAAGCCUCGACCUCUCCAACUGUCUGCAGCUGUUAGCGGUUGCCGAGGGUUACGGAUCGCCGUGCCUCCUGCGCCGCGCGGCAGAGUUUGUCACGCAGAACUUUCACGUGCUGUCCUCCCGAGCGGACUUCCUCGAGAUGCCAGCGCGGGUCCUGGCACGUUGCCUGUCCUCUGACGGCCUCAGUGUUCCGGACGAAGAAAGCGUGCUGCGCGCUCUCCUGCGGUGGACUCGACACGAGCUGCAGACGCGCGAGAGUCUGCUGCCGGAGCUCCUGUCGCAGGUCCGUCUGCAUCAUCUCCCUCGCGCUGUCCUGGAGCGCGCCGCCCGCUCGGAGGUGCUGUUGUCCAAUGAUGAACGCUGCCGUCGUGCAGUGAGAGAUGCUGCAGGACGCGUUCGAGAGUUUAGCGGGUUGUUUCCAGAUGCUCGUCCUUCCACCACAUCCAGCUACAUUUACGUCCAUAAAACGGAGGAGAACGGAGAGACGCGUCAUGCUUUCUGCUAUGACAUCAGUGCGGACCGCUGGACGGAGCUGGCCACGCGCCUCUCAGAUCUGCCCGGGUCAGCCCUCAGCAGUUUUGCGGAGAAGCUCUUUGUAAGCGGAGGAUGUCGCGGCGGCUGUCGUCGUACCACUCGCCUGCACAUCGCUGAACCUCAUCACGACGCUACGGAUGAAGUCUGGUGCUACUGCCCCGUGUCCAGCACCUUCACGCCGGCCCCGCCCAUGAGACGCUCUCGGACCAUGCACGCGUCCAUCAGCGCUCUGCGCGGCAUCUACGUCAUCGGCGGGAGAACUGCCGGCCCCAGUGGCACGUGUAGUCUCCUGGACGUGGAGUACCUCGAUCCUCUGAGAGGCGAGUGGACGAGCGUCAGUCCUUUACCCAAAGCAAUCUACUUUCCUGAGGCGAGCAUCUGCGGGAACAUCAUAUACGCCCUCGGCUCUGAGGUGGAGAUUUCAGAGGCCUUUAAUCCGUCUCUGGACUGUUUUUUCCGCUAUGACGCCGUGGCGGAUCAGUGGUGUCAGCUGGUGGCAGAGUUUGGUCACGCCACACUGGUGAAGGCCGUUUCCAUCCAUGAGACGUUAUAUCUGUGUGAUCUGUCCACAUAUAAAGUGUUCAGUUUCUGUCCGGACACGUGCGUGUGGAAGGGCGAGGGCUCGUUCGAGUGUGCGGGUUUUAACGCCGGUGCCAUCGGGGUGCGGGAGAAGAUCUUUAUUCUGGGUGGAGAUUAUUCACCUGAUGAGAUCACAGAUGAGGUGCAGGUGUAUGACAGCGGGCGCUCAGAAUGGCAGGAGGUGGCACCGAUGCCACGCGCUCUCACAGAGUUUCACUGUCAGGUGUUGAGCUUUAACACGUACAGAGACCCGUGGAAAACACACUGAACUGACAUGGAUUCUAUACGUAUAUAACUCACUCAAACCGUAUGGAUCCACAGAAAACAUUUUUGAGCAUGUUUGAUGCUCAGUGACUGCUGUUUAGAAUCUUCUUUUGUGCCGAUCCCUCAUAACAGUCUCUGAACAUCUUCUGCGACCGCAGUUAAAUCAAAAUCAAAUCAAGCAUUAGGACUAAAAUUUAAAUUGAAAUAUAUUCCACUUAUAUAGCAAUAUAAUAAAUAAAUAUACAUAUUAAAUAUAUAUAUAUAUCAAAAUAAAAGCUCAUUCUAAAUAUGAAUAAAACUAAAGUAAACACUAAGGACGACUUGACAGAAUUUCUGAGGGUUUGCACAGAAGAAAGAACACAUGCAUGGAGAAAAUCAAAAAACAACAAAUAACAUAUAUCUGAAGUGUUUAUUGUUUAUUAUCAGAGUGAAAGUGCUGUUCUCUCACACACACACAUCAUUUCAUCAUCAAAGGGAUCUUUAGUUACUAUAAAAAUCAAUACAGUGUUUUUACUACAAGUAAAUGUUGUCAGAUGACAUUUUCAGCCGUUCAACUCAUCCAUUCAUUUAUUGUAUAAAACAGACAUCACUGUACCCUGAUAGCACAUAUACAUCUGGCUUACGUCUGUAAUGUCAGAGCCAAGAUGUCCAGACCAGAGACAUUAUUCUUCUCCUGAGAAACAAAGAGCGUUUCUAAGCACAGUGGGGAACCUAGGCCAAAAGGGCGCCCCUUCCUGAAAGAACAACACACCGAUUCCUGAUCAAAGAUCAUCUUCUCGGGAAAAGACAGAGAGCAUCUCUCAGUACAGUGAGAGACCUGAGCCAAAAGGACACCUUCCUUUGAGAAACAACGGACUCCCUCCAGUACAGCAAACUCCCUACUGAGCUAACACCUACAUCUGAAACGAUGCAUACAAGUGAAUCACAGAUGCAGACCUCACCCUGCACCCCAACUGUUCCUUUCCUCCCCUCUCACUCAACGCAGGACACCCAAAAGCUCCGAGGACCGUACACAAGAAAAGAACACGACACAUACACA